GUCGCAAGAAGAAAAGUGAAAUGAAAAGGUAGAAGAAGAAAAACGAAAAUCAGUAUCGCGAGCUGAUGGCUAAUCUCCCUCAGGAUCCCUCCAUGACCAUGAGGGGCGCCGCCGGAGUUGAGCCCUACAAUGGCUGGAAAGUGCAAUCGGCCGAGGAGCUCUUAAUCGACAUCUGUAACCCUCAACUUCGAGAAAAAGCUCUUCGCCAACUCUGUGAGAAACAUAGGGAAGAAUUAUUUCAAGUUUUAGCCCCUUCAAUCUGGAAAUCAUUUGGUACUGUUGCUGCACUCAUAAGGGAAAUUAUUUCCAUCUACCAUUUAUUGUCACCACCAAAGUUGACUCUUGAACAAUCAAAUACAGUUUGCAAUGCACUCAUUGUUCUCCAGUCUUUAGCUGUUCACCCAGAAACCCGAAUACCCUUUCUUAAUGCUUGUAUUCCUUAUUAUGUGUAUCCUUUUCUUAAGCCAACAAGCUACUCAACACCUUUGGAAAAGCUCAGAAUUUCAAGCUUAUGCAUCAUUUGUGGCAUUGUGAAGGAGGGUGAAACUAAAGCUAUCGAGUUUCUUCUAGCUACAGAAGUAAUGCCCCUGUGUUUGUGCUCAAUGGAGAUUGGUGAUACACUAUCAAAACAAGCUGCAACAUUCAUCCUGCAAAAACUACUUUCACAUGAUAUGGGUCUGGAAUACAUUUGCACCACAGUAGCACGCCUUUUAGCAGUAGUCCAGACGUUGAAAAAUAUGGUGGUUCUACUUUCCGAGAAGCCUUCAUCUGAAUCGCUGAAACAAAUAAUUCAGUGCUACAUUCGGUUGUGUGAUGAUUCCAGGGCUCGUGAUAAACUCAGGUACUAUCUCCCAGAUAGGCUAAGAGAUGCCGCCUUCUCUAAUUGCUUUGAAGAGGAUCCAGAUACUAAGAUCUCGCUACAGCAUUUGCUUUGCAUAGUAAACCAUGCUUGAUUUGCCCAACGAGGGUGAUAAUCUCAUUGGAUGUGCUAGCUAC